AUGGCUGGCAUCAACUCCAUCGAUGCUGUUAAGAAGAAGAUCCUGCAGCAGGUGGCCGAUGAGGUGGAGGAGUGUGCCAAGCACCUGCAGCAAGAGGCCAAUGCUGAGCGGCAGGCCUGGGAAUGGGCCGAGGGUGAAGUGGCUUCUUUGAACCGCCGUAUCCAGCUGGUGGAGGAGGAGCUGGACCGAGCCCAGGAGCGCCUGGCCACCACCCUGCAGAAGCUGGAGGAGGCUGAGGAGGUGGCUGGUGAGAGCAAGAGAGGCACAAAGGUCAUUGAAAACAGGGCCAUGAAAGAUGAGGAGAAGAUGGAGCUGUGCCAGGAAAUGCAGCUGAAGGAGGUGAAACACAUAGCUGAGGACGCUGACUGUAAAUACGAGGAGGUCGUCUGCAAGCUGGUUGUCCUUGAAGGAGAGCUGGUACACUCAGAGGAGAGGGCAGAGGUGGCAGAGAGCCACAUGAGACAGUUGGAAGAAGAGCUGUGGACCGUGGACCAGACUUUCAAAUCCCUCAUUGCCUCAGAGGAAGAAUGUGCCUCCAAGGAGGACAAGUAUGAGGAGGAAAUCAAGUAUCUAGGGGAAAAGCUGAAGGAGGCUGAGACCCAUGUAGAGUUUGCGAGAUCUGUGGCGAAGCUGGAGAAAACCAUCGAUGAUCUAGAAGAUGAAGUGCAUGCACAGAAGAUGAAGUACAAAGCCAUCAGCGAGGAGCUGGACAAUGCGCUUAAUGACAUGACCUCCCUCUGAGCC